CAGCCCCUUUCAUACAUUGUUCUCUAUCUAUCGUCCAUCGAUUUGUCUAACACCUUCCUAAAAGAACUCCAUCGACCGACCCUGAGAGUCUCUCCAUCACCAACACCGCUGCUACCAUUGAGCACUAUCAAUUGCUUCUCAAGAGUGGGACUGGCGGCCACGGCAGGCAGUAAAGCUAAGAUGAAUAUCAUACACCAAUCCUACCCACAGGCCUUUGGCCAUCAUCUCCCUACGCCUAAUAUGGUCGACCAACAUCAACAUCAUCUUGCUGCGCAGCAUAUGGGACCAUCGGCACUCGAUACACUCGCCCACACAUCUCAAUAUGCUCUCCACUUUCACCAAAAUCGACAUGUUCUACCGAAUGGCAAGGGCCUUGUCAAACCUCAUCGCUUACCUUAUGCGAACGGACCUAUUGCUGCAGCUUCCCGUAAUCAAAGAGAAGCAAUGCUCCAUGAGCGAGGAGGUCGCGGUACUGCUACCGCUGGUCCAGUACGACGUAGAAUCAGUCGGGCGUGUGAUCAGUGUAAUCAGUUGCGGACCAAGUGCGAUGGAAAAGCGCCUUGCGCGCAUUGCAUAGAAUUCGGAUUGACGUGUGAGUACAUGCGGGAACGCAAAAAGCGUGGUAAAGCAUCCAGGAAAGAUAUCGCUCAGCAACAGGCUGCUGCGUCGGCUUCAACAAGUGGUACAGCACCACCAUCGGGCGACUCUACAUCUGGAAGUCCACAAUCACGCAGCACUGGUGCUCAGGACGAUCAAAAGACCACAGAAACGGAGCAGAACGAUCGGCUCGAUGGCCAGCGCCCACUGCCCGAACUGCCACCACCCAGCAUUCCACAAGCUCGCGCUGCGAGUAUGUCAUCAACACGAACUCUAGACAGCGCUACAGUAUACCAGGCAGUGACUCCCAUCUCAAGGACGAUGAGUAUGAGUGCCAUAGAUGCCAUUCCCGAAAGCCCAAUCCACCCCAUGCAACCCCCUCGCAUCCAGACUCAGGGCCUUUCGAUGCAUAACCCAAUUCCAGAAUACGCCUCGAUGGAUGAUUAUAAUAGGAAUAUGAUGCACCAAUCGCCUCAUCCUCUUUCGGGAAUGCACCCAAUGAUUCCCUCCAAUAUGUCCGAGUACACAAACAGUCCCUAUGGGAUGAUCAGCCCGCAGAGCGCGCAAGAUCCACCCAACGCGUUUAGGAUGGCCAGUGCAGAGUCACCAAUGCCUGGAUACAUAGGAACUUCACCUGUUUCUGGGUCUCCUGGAUGGCUGUCGCUACCUUCACCUUCAACAACAACCAUGUACGCCAACGCACCGCACCUUGGUGCAUCCCAGCAACUGCGAUUUCCGGUCCUACAACCGCUUGUUCCUCACCUCAGCAACAUAAUGCCUCUCGCUCUGGCUUGCGAUCUAUUGGAGCUCUACUUCCAGAGUUCUUCAGCUGCGAUAAUACAACCAGUUAGCCCGUAUGUACUCGGUCACGUUUUCCGAAAAGAGUCUUUCCUACGACAGAACAACCCGCGUGAAUGUAGCCCUGCACUACUUGCUAGUAUGCUCUGGAUCGGUUGUAUGACAAGCGAAUCGCCCUAUUUGGCAUCAUCACCCUCUGCCCGUGCUCAGCUAGCAGAAAAGCUCAUCAACCUAACCGUCAAUCUCUUGAAGCCUCUUGUCCACCAAUCUGCUAGCGACGAAUCUGGUUCAACAUAUAGCGCUAGUGCUACUAUGAAUAGUUUUGGAAUAUCGACACAAGAAUCUGAGCUUGGCCUUCCAGAACAUCAGUUUGACCCUCCACAGCCUCAGCCAGAUUGGCAACGAAGCCAAUACACUGCGAACUCACCGGGCGCACCAGGCGGCAUUGACGACAUAUGCACUUACACCAACCUUGCCGUGGUGAUCUCGGCAAGCGAAUACAAGGCCGCGUCGCUCAGGUGGUGGAACGCAGCGUGGAGCUUAGCCAGGGAGCUCAAGCUUGGCAAGGAGCUUCCUGUGACACCACCACCGGAGGACGACGCGGAUGCUCCCGGUGAGAUGGAGCACCUAGACGGGAUGCAACCGAAUGGGCAGAACAAUCUAGUAAACAUCACCGAGGAGCAGCGUGAAGAACGUAGACGGGUCUGGUGGAUGCUGUACACUGUGGACAGACACCUGGCACUGUGCUACAACAGGCCGCUGUCACUGCUCGAUAUUGAGUGCAGUGAGCUCUUGACACCAGUCAAUGACAAUGUAUGGCAAGCCGGCGAAUUCUAUGGGAACUCCGCUCAAUCAUUUUCAGAUCCCACCGUACGACGAGGUCCCAUAUUUGAGUGCACCGGACACUCCAUAUUCGGAUUUUUCCUUCCUCUGAUGACCAUUCUCGGAGAGAUUGUCGAAGUACAUCAUGCUCGCAACCAUCCAAGAUUUGGCUCCAAAACCAAUUGGGAUGACCAUGCGGCAGAAAUUACAGCACAGCUGGAGGCUUACGGCCGGUCACUUCAGGAGCUAAGAGCAAGAGCUAUCAACGAUGCUAACAUGGAGGCUCACGAGCCAAUGCAUCCAGGCACACCUUCGACACGGUCCCCCAAUUCGGGUACAUCUCGAGCUCAAGAAGCACUCAUGAGGGCUAGAAUUGUGGUGGCAUAUGGCACGCAUAUCAUGCAUACCUUGCAUAUCCUGCUAAACGGCAAAUGGGAUCCCAUCUCUCUCCUCGACGAUAACGAUCUCUGGAUCUCCUCGCAAAGCUUUAUUGAUGCAACUUCGCACGCCGUCGACGCAGCAGAGGCUCUCAACGAGAUACUGCAACUGGAUCCUGACCUAUCUUUCAUGCCAUUUUUUUUCGGCAUCUAUCUACUUCAAGGAAGUUUCCUUCUGCUCCUCAUAGCCGACAAACUACAAGGCGAGGCCAACCCCAACGUUGUCAAAGCUUGCGAGACAAUAGUGCGCGCGCAUGAAGCAUGCAUUGUUACUCUCAACACCGAAUACCAGAGAAAUUUCCGCAAAGUCAUGCGUUCUGCUCUGCAACAAGUACGUGGCAGAGGUAUGGAUGAUUCUGCUGAGCUUGCGCAGCAACGGCGCAGAGAGAUGUUGAGCCUAUAUCGUUGGAGUGGUGAUGGCACCGGCCUCGCACUAUAG